AUGACGGAGGACUUCGGCUACAACUCGUUGUGGUUGGAAGUCCAGGAAGCUGCCGCAGCUUUGUUUGGCUUCCUGGACGUUUCGGCAUUGACUGCUGCACGGGCCGCUUGCCAGGGCCAAAACGUUUUGGCCGGAGUCGACAGGUUGUUUGCUUUGCAGAUGCGAACCCUGGAGACUGAGAAAGUCGCCAAGGAUAGGAGGCGCGCACUUGCUGCUGCUCGACGGCUGGUACCCCCCAUGCAGCGGAUUUUGCUUCAGAGGUGGGCAGAGGUGUGUCUGCAAUCCAGCGAGCACCGGAUUGUGCGAACCGAAGCGGUGCGCACGUUGCAAGAGGUCGUCGAUCCGGGAGACCACGCGGCCGCACAGGCGUUGGGAACUGUGGUGCUGGAUGAAGAUCGUUUUGUGCGUCGAGCUUUGGUCGAUGCCCUCGUCGUCCACAGCGCCGAUCCUAAAGCCAGGUCAGCAUUAAACGAGCUAGCGCAGGACCGCGACCGUUUUGUCCAGAACGCAGCACGGCACGCGAUCUCAGAGCUCGGAGACGUGCAAUCCAGCGGGCUGGAGGCGAAAAUGUCGCGAGCAAGCGGUCCUCCCUACGUCCCACGACCCCCGCCAGGCCACACCGUCGUCAAAACUGGGCGACGGUUCGUUGGCGGAAGCUUCCGGCCCCAGAGUCGGCCAGUAGGCCUCCGGGCUCCCCCAGCCCAGAAGGUGCCGCCGCCCAGACUGUGGAUCGAGGACGCCAAUGCGGACACCGACUGUUCCGAAACUGAAGUGCGUGCCGGCAGGUGCCGGCGGCUCAGUGCAGAGUAUGCAGUUAUUGUCCCUGAAUGGGCCGAUGUACCUCGAGCCAUGACUGCCUCUGGCGACGAAUUCGUCAGCUGCCACCCUGUACCUGGCGGGGUGCAACUUGUGCUGCGGCGCGCAGCAAAUCCGCCCCGCGAGCCGUCUCCUGACUAUACGGUUGCAGAUGUGCAGGGCACGCUGGAAGAGCUGGAGCAGGAAGUUCCAGAGGUAGACGAAGACCAGUUUGAUGAAAACCAGUGGAUCAAUGACAAGCGCCUCCAAUGUCUUGCAGAAGGCCUGAGUUGA